CCCCCUUCUCCCUCCCAAAAUUUGCUUUUAUUCACCAGUUCCGAUGCUCAUUGUCUUAAACCUUAAUGCUCCUUUUGUGUUUGCUCUUGUUUGAGUCUUUUCGAAUUGCUCCUUUCCUUAGCAAUAUGGUGGGAUGGGAGGGAAGACCUUCGAGCGUCGAAGUGGUAGCGCAAGGAUACGAGACAUUGGGGUAUUGGCUUUAUUGUUCACCGUUGGUAUUUAUCGUGGUCAGCAGCUCGAAUCAUAACCGAACGGACGUCGAGCGGGCCUUCAUUUCCUUUCCUUGUCGUACCGCCGAUCUGGGUCGUCUUUGCCCUCGUCACGAUGAUACAACGAUUCGGUAUCCGUCUUCUCGAAAUCUAAUUUAAGUCGAUUGUCAUUGACUCCCCGUCCUUCACGACCGGUCGAAUUCCUUGAUUUGCAACCUCGCUUCACGAACGACUUGUAGUAUUUGUAACCUAUCUUGGUAAAAUUAUACUGACG